AUGCGCAACUCCUUUUGGUUUCCCCACGCCUUCCCUUAUCCGUACACCAAGAUGGCGGCCUCUCUCCUAACCCUGCUGCUUAAGCAGCUCCCGGGCCUCGCACCUGUCAGAGGUGUCCACUGGGCGCAGGCUGCUGCUCGGCCACUAAGCACCAAAGCUCCCCCUGAGGAAGAAUCUUCCAUUCCUGUCUCCCCCUAUCAGGAUGCUCCCUGGGAAUAUCUGGAGACAGAAGAAUACCUGAGUCGCUAUGGCUCUAGUCCAGUCUGGGCUGACUAUCGACGCAACCACAAAGGGGGCAUCCCACCACAGCGAACCCGUAAGACAUGCAUUCGAGGAAACAAAGUUGCUGGGAACCCUUGCCCCAUCUGCCGGGAUCAGAAGCUCCAUGUGGACUUUAGAAAUGUGAAGCUCUUGGAACAGUUUGUCUGUGCUCACACAGGUGUCAUCUUCCAUGCUCCAUACACAGGUGUCUGUAUGAAGCAGCAUAAGAAGCUGACAGCAGCCAUCCUGAAGGCCAGAGACCAUGGUUUACUCAGUUACCACAUCCCACUGGUACAGCCAAGGGAUAAUGAUUUCAGCAACUCCCAUGGAGCUGUGGGCUGUACCCCAAUGGCUCCUUCCCUAGUUGCAGGCACCUCCUGGUAUCCAUGGUACAAUUGGCAGCAGCCACCUGAGAGAGAGCUGGCUCGUCUUCGUCGUCUACAUCAAGGCCACCUUAAGGAAGAGAGUGGCCCUCCACCAGAGAUGAUGCCUAUAGUUCCAUCUCAAACUAAGAUGCCUACUGAGGGAGAGGAAACCCCGAGUGUCCACUAGAAAGGAAGCCACUAGAAGCAAUGCAUGUCAGUGGUGCUCCAGAGCUUAAGGGAUAGAGGGCAGAAAGUCCUGAAGCCUAAACUGCACUGAUCCUUAUCCCCACCCUUUUUAGAAAUGGAUAGGAUAUUGGCAAGCUCUCGCCUAGAGGAAAGGAGAAAACAGGGAGAAGGUAAAAUGGAGCAUGUCUGAAUUGGUGUUUUUGUCCAUUUCCCUUUCUGCUUCACCCCCCACCCCCAUUUUGAAGUUGCAGGAGUAGGGGAUGCCUAAUAUGUCAAGUCAACCCUUUAUAAUAAAAAUUAUUUUCUUA